AUGUUGCACGCAAGCCUGAAAUACGUAGACAUCAUACGCCAGCGCACUUCCAAGUGGGCAAAUUGGAGCCCCGAAAAAGAUGACAUUCGGGUUGGAUCGUACGGUCGAUUCAAUGCCGAGACAGGCAGAUUGGAUGUUCUAGGAAACGUGUACGAUCCUGAGUUUCAGAAGUUGAUCGAUGCUACCGAUGGGAAGUUGAAGCUCUCCGAUUAUCCGCCGGUACUCGACGAUGAGGAGAAAGACUUUGCUGUUGGGACUAUGGGCGUCAGGCCCAAGGAUUUCAGUCCUGGGCCAAACGACGUCGAGCACCUUGACAAAGCAAAAUAUAAACAAGACUGGCAGUUUCUGCCAGACAAACGGGGCGCGAUCCUCGUGAUGCACAAGCCCCGUCAAGAGCACUUCCCUAAAGGACGAGUGUUUGAAGCGCUCUACAAGGUCCCGGAGCUCAAGGACUUGUGCAUCGUCCCAACAGUGUACAAAUGUCGUGCUUAUGCUGUGUACUUGUCUAACAAGACCGGCGAGAAGGUUUCACUGGCGCUCCUCCCGAAAUCUGGCGAAGAGAACGAGACAGGGCUCAACUGGUGGACUAACACACAGGAAGAACACCUUCAACUUAAAACGGAUGAAGACUACGUAUUCUCGCCACUUUUUACUUGCAAGCGCAAGAUCCCCUUGAUUCGUCCCCUAAUGCGCGAUUCACCUACUCCAGACCCUGAGGAUGCAGGCUUCUGGAUGGAUUCUUACCCAACUUGGGAGCCACUCGAUGAGGAUGGCGAGAUUGAUCCGGUGUAUGAUGAUGAUUACGAUGACCCAAAUGUCUACAACCCGCGAAGAGACGCUCCAUAUGUGCCAUACAGUCCGAGUCCUGAGCCGGAGGAGGAGGAGGAUGACUGA